AUGGCGGAAUGUGGUGGACUCCACAGCAGCACAAGUAGACACACCAUGGAUAAAAGCAUUACUCUCCCUCCUGACGAAAUAUUCCGCAACUUGGAGAACGCAAAGCGGUUCGCGAUAGACAUAGGGGGAUCUCUCACGAAGCUCGCCUACUACUCAACAGUACAACACAAGGUGGCCAAAGUGCGAUCUUUCGACCACACUGCAAAGGAGGCUACCGGUGACGAGCUCUAUGAAAUAUCUGUGCAGGAAGAGGUCACUGCCCGGCUGCACUUCAUCAAGUUUGAGAACGCCUACAUUGAAACGUGCCUGGACUUCGUCAAGGACCACCUGGUCAACACGGACACCAAAGUGAUCAAGGCCACGGGCGGAGGGGCGCACAAGUUCAAAGAGCUCAUCGAGAGGAAGCUCGGACUCAGAGUGGACAAGGAGGAUGAGAUGACCUGUCUCAUCAAGGGCUGUAACUUUGUGCUGAGGAACAUUCCCCACGAGGCGUUCGUGUACGCCAAGCACGCCGACUCAGAGUUCCGCUUUCAGACGACUCAACCCGACAUCUUCCCGUACCUGCUCGUGAACAUCGGCUCCGGCGUGUCCAUAGUCAAGGUCGAAUCAGAGGACAAAUUUGAGCGAAUAGGAGGAAGCUCAAUAGGCGGAGGGACGUUCUGGGGCCUUGGAGCGUUAUUAACCAACACAAAGAGAUUUGACGAGUUGCUGCAGUUGGCCUCAAAAGGGCAGCACACGAGCGUCGAUAUGCUCGUCAAAGACAUCUACGGAGGAUCCUACGGGUCUCUGGGCUUGACUGGAGAUCUUAUCGCCAGCAGUUUUGGAAAAUCUGCUACUGCUGACAAAGGGUUCUCUAAAGAAGACAUGGCCAAGAGCUUGCUGCAUAUGAUCAGCAACGACAUUGGGCAGCUGGCCUGCCUGUAUGCCAAACUCCACAACCUGUCCCAAGUGUACUUCGGAGGCUUCUUCAUCAGAGGACACCCUGUCACUAUGCACACAAUCACCUACAGCAUCAACUUCUUCACCAAGGGUGAAGUUCAGGCCUUGUUCCUAAGACACGAAGGCUAUCUCGGAGCCAUCGGAGCAUUUCUUAAAGGAGCAGAGGAGGACAAUCCAAACCAGUACAGCUGGGGGGAGAAUUACGCGGGAAGCUCGGGCCUGAUGAGCGUUUCUCCAGACAUGAAUCCCAUGCAGCGUGCACGCAGCGGAACGUUUCCAUUCGACAUGUUGGAGAUGGACCGUCUGGAGAGGAAGCUGGUGAAUCUGCCUCUGCUGCAGGACGCUUCAUCGUACAUCCCCGACACCGUGGACCUCGCCGAGGACGCUCUGGCCCGCGAGUACUGGCUGUACUGCUUCGAGGAGGCCCUCGACGGGGUGGUUAAGAGAGCUCUGGCAAGUCAGCCCGACAUGCCGGAGGCGGCCGAGCGAGCAGAGAAGUUCCGGCAGAAGUACAGACACAAGCUUCAGACCCUCCGCCACCAGCCUUUUGCUUACGGAUCCCUCACUGUCAGAAGCCUGUUGGACACCAGAGAGCACUGCUUAAACGAGUUCAACUUUCCUGAUCCCUACUCUAAGAUCAAACAGAGGGAGAACGACAUGGCUCUCAAGUACUACCAGAAGGCCGUGAAGUCCCUGGAGGAGCUGAGCUGGGAGGAGAGACAGUUCGCCCUGGUCAGGGGUGUCCUGGCUGGGAACGUCUUCGACUGGGGAGCCAAGGCCGUGUCAGACGUGCUGGAGUCUGAUCCUGAGUUUGGGUUUGAGCAGGCUAAACGACAGUUGGAAGAGCGGCCGUGGCUUGUUGAUACCUAUGACCAGUGGUUUGAGAGACUAAAGGGUCCUCCUCAUAAGUGUGCCUUGUUUUUCGUAGAUAAUAGUGGAGUAGACAUCAUUCUAGGGGUGAUGCCUUUUGUCAGAGAGCUUCUCUCUCGAGGAACGGAGGUGGUGUUGGCCAGCAACUCUAGUCCGGCUCUAAAUGACGUAACGAACGGUGAACUGCAGAUAUUGACCGAAAGCAUCGCUGCUCUGGAUCCAGUGAUUCAGGCUGCUCUGACGGAGGACAGGUUGACGUUGGUCCAAAGUGGUUCCAGUUCUCCCUGCCUGGAUCUGAGUCGUCUGGACAAAGUGCUGGCGAUGGUGGUGCGCGAGCGGAAAACCGACCUGGUGAUCAUCGAGGGAAUGGGCCGAGCCAUUCACACCAACUACUACGCCAUGCUCAGCUGCGAGAGCCUCAAGAUGGCCGUCAUCAAGAACUCGUGGCUGGCCGACCGCCUGGGAGGAAAGCUGUUCAGCGUGGUCUUCAAGUACGAGGUGCCGGCGGCCGGCCCCGACUCCCCGGCGCUGACGCCCUCGUGAACGCGGCGGAGCUUCGACAGGGCGGACGAAGUCCAGCAAGCGGAAGGGAUGGGCUCUGAAUGUAAGGAUGAUGGUCGCGUACUGCCACUAAGUGAAUGAACGGAGAGUUUUAGAGGUGAUCAUUGGCAGGGAGGUUUUUACAUUUCGGUUUUUAAAACGGCGUUGAUUUCAGCUGCUUUCUUGCAGGUCCAAUAUCCCGUACUAUCUACUUAGUUUGCUACCAUCAUUACUUCCCAUUGAUCUCCAUCAACGUCUGCAGCUUGUUUUUCGUGCCGAGUCAUCGCCGGCUGCAUUCGGUGAACUUCAACAGACUGUUGUGACGGAUGAGAUCAUCAGCUGGUGGAAAAAUCAAUGCGAAACCCUCAUUUUUCAUCAGCCAUCGACACGCUGCCAACACACAAUGCUGCGUGCACCCAUACGGGCAAACGUGAUGGCUGGAGUGUGUUAGAGAGAGAGAGAUUACAGCUUUCAGCCGUAACACUUUUUACAUAAAGUGUAUUUCAUGUGCCUUGAGUUGAGGCCAAUGUGAUUAACCCGUUAUUCACUCGGAUUGCUUUUAAUUCCUUUCCACGGUGAAAUACACAAAUCUCUACUUGUGUUUCCCAACAAUCUCGUGCCAUAGAUGAGAAGGAAUCUGCUGUUUAGUUUAUGAUUAUUAUUACUGCCAGUGACUGAAUUGAGAUUAAGAAAUGAAUCACUGGAGCUGUUCAGUUAAUCAGGGAAAAUGUUGGACCAGUGGGAGAAGCAGCGCUUUGUCACAAAGCGAGUCGGUCGUGUUCGUCCACAAGGUGGCAGUAUCCUACUGUGUCAUCGUUCUUUUUCUCUUUCUUUUUUUUACCAAGGUGCUUGGUGUGAAAAUGAACACGCACAUUUUCAGGUUGAAUAGUUGUAACCGUCUCCGUGGAUCCACUGUAGUGAACUGGCAUGUACAAGUACACACUGUAAUCCAUCCCUCAAUCACAAACAACAUGCAAUUGUUUGAAGGCAAUAACAGUGCAGCAGCUAGUUGUAACGAAAAUCAGACAAAGUGGCUGAAUGUCUUGGUGUGAACAGUUUUCACAAAGUUACAGUUGAUAUCACAUUGUAAUAUUGUAUUUGUCAUAUGUACAUACAGUAUGUGAUAUACAAGUGUAUAUACAUAUAUAAAAAUCAUUUACAUCACUUCAGUUAAGCACAAUCGUGUGUAUUAUUCUCCUGACAAACGAUUUUAAUUAAAUGGUGAAAACCCUUUCAAUUCCU